AUGGCAGACGCACCAGGCACUGCAGUGCUGGGCCAGACAAUACCGCAACAGGAUAAAGCACACCCCAGGGACCAUGCCAUGGACACCCUGGGGGUCAUCUUCUGGUCCAUGCUGCUUGAUCGCACAAAACAGACACAAGCCAUAGGGGAGCCAGACAGAGGAGAACACAAGCGCAACACAAAGCAACCUCAGUGGCCUCCUAAAAGCCGACAGUCACGCCGCAUCAACCUGACUGCGCAAAGAGAAAACUGCUACUGCAUAAAAUAUACUGACGGAGAAAGCAGGCUGCAGGUGACCCCCUUGCCCACCGCUGCCGUGCAGAAACAGCUAAUAUACCAUCACCGCCUGGCAGUAUUUACCUGGGGAAACCAUUGGGACCACCUGUGAGUUGACCCUCGAGAGACCCGAGGAGAAGAAUUGCUUUAUCUGACAGGCGGAUAUCAAGCUGGUCGGUAUGGGUGCACCAGCUACCACACAAACCCAAGACACAAGAUACAGAAUGGCCCGCAAUGCUGAAGCUCACUGGGACACAUCUGCUGGAGCCCUGCUUUUUGCCAGGACUAUGCAGCCAUAA